AUGGAAGAGUCAGAAGGACCUAUUACUGGUGGUCCGUCGUCGGAAAUCGUUCUCGAAACCAAUCCACGCGGAAUUCCUAAAGCUCAUUUUGUGGACGAUGUCGGCGAAUAUAUGGAAAAGUCAACGACGUCCGUUGAGACGACUCUGUCAAAAUUCUCAGAAACUGUAGCGAAAUAUAAAUUUAUGGAUAUAAAUCUACAGAAUCGAAAGAAGGGACUUGAGGUGAAAAUACCGGAAAUCAAAAAGACUCUCACAGUUAUCAAUUAUUUAAUAUCAAAAGAGGGCUCCGAUGAACCAAUGGAGACAGCGUUCGAGUUAAACGAUACACUUUGGGCUGCUGCUAAAAUGAAAUCAACGAAGACUGUGAAUUUAUGGCUAGGGGCAAACGUGAUGCUGGAAUACACAUUGCAAGAAGCAAAAGAUCUUUUAGAACAAAAACUCAAUACCGCACAGACGACACUCAAAAACGUGCUUGAGGAUCUCGAAUUCUUACGUGAUCAAAUAACGACAAUGGAAUAUCUAUCCAACUAA